AUUAAUCCAGCUCCGACUACUCAAACCAAGGUUAGUGUAACAGAGGUGGAAAAACAAGGAAGUACCGAGAGAGUUGCGGGACUACAACUAGGAUGGCGUUUCUAGCCGCUGGGCGCCGUUUGUCGCAUAUUCCGAGGAGCUUUCUCCAGAAUGUCUCCGUCAAAACACUGGGAGUUGUCAGAUUCAAAAGAACCUGUCCCAUUGAAGUGAGCCAUCUUGAUCACUUGGUGCUAACAGUGAAAAGUGUACCAGACACUGUCAACUUUUAUACUUCCGUCCUUGGCAUGGAGGUGGUCACUUUCAAGGGCAACCGUAAGGCUCUGAGUUUUGGGCAGCAGAAGUUUAACCUUCACCAGCUGGGCCAGGAGUUUGAACCUAAAGCCAAGCGUCCAACCUCAGGCUCUGCAGACCUGUGCCUCAUCACCAAAACCCCUCUGGCUACCGUGGCUCAACAUCUGAAGGUUUGUGGAGUUGAGAUCGAGGAGGGCCCAGUGGAUAGAACUGGAGCUGUGGGGACCAUCACUUCACUUUACUUUAGAGAUCCCGACCACAACCUCAUUGAAGUGUCAAACUACACCGAGUCAACAGCAAAGGGCUCUUCCUGAGCCUUUCCUUGGCCUUGUUUGUGAGCAUCUAGAAAUACAUCCAAACAGCUCACAAAGCCCAACAACCUCUGUGACCAUUUGGUCUAAAUUACACAGUUACUGUUUUUACAGUGAAGUAUUUAGAUCAAAAUUGCUGUUAAUGGAACAACCCUGAGCCGCUUGAUUUAGACAGGGCAGAUAACAUCAGCUAGUUGUGGAGUUCUGCUUAGGUUUUCACUUCAGCAAUGGUCCAAUGGUCUUUUGGUUGUAAUAUAAGAUGAAAAAGCUACAUGAUCAAACUUUUGAGAUUUUAUUUUAAUAAAAGAAUUUCUGAUUUCA